CCCGCUGGGGUCUCUGCUGCGCCCGCACAACUCCGGCUUCGAGCUCCGCGCGAGCAGGGCGGAGAGAGGCUGGGGCGCGGAUGCUGGAAGUUCACAUUCCGUCCGUGGGCCCGGAGGCCGAGGCGCCCAGGCAGAGCCCAGAGAAAAGCCACAUGGUGUUCCGAGUGGAAGUGCGGUACCGCGGGCGCAGACACACCGUGCCGAGGCGCUACAGCGAGUUCCACGCGCUGCACAAGCGGAUGAAGAAACUGUACAAGGUGCCAGAAUUUCCCUCGAAACGCCUGCCCCACUGGAGGACCAGAGGAUUGGAGCAGCGGCGGCAGGGCUUGGAGGCCUAUAUCCAGGGCAUCUUGUACCUGAACCGGGAUGUGCCCAAGGAGCUGCUGGAGUUCCUGAGUCUUCGGCACUUCCCCACCGACCCCAAGGCCAGCAGCUGGGGAGCCCUGGGGGAGUUCCUGCCCAGCGACAGCAGCUCGCAGCUGUACCACAGGCCGGUCAUCAGCUUCUGCGUGGACCCCUACAUUUGUAUCUCAUCCCCAGAGCCUCUGCCCAGCGUGGUGGUGAGUGGCGUGCUCCAGGGCUUCUACAACGUCAGCACCAGCACAGCUGACACCCAGCCAGAGCUUCCCUGUCACCCUGCACCUUUGCCGCCGAUGCCUUGACCAACCCAGAGGCCUUUGGACCACCUGCCAGGACAGUCACGUGCCUCUGUCCUUGAGCCCUAUAGGAGACAGGGGUGGGGUCCCCCUUGGCUUGGACCCAGGACCUACCCACCCCCGGCCCAGAACCCAACUGCACCAGUGGCUGGGGUGAUAGACCUGCACCCUGGGUAGGGACAACAGAGGAUGAGGACAAAGGGAGAAGUCAAUUGAGGAGGUAUGCUAUGAAAAGGUACAGGUGUAUUUCUUCACCUUCAUGGGGGGGAGGGAGGUGGGGACACACACAGGUAGCUGGCAAAGUUUAGAAGCAAGAAGCAAAAGCUCAA